AAACGAUGAUAUAAAUCCAACCCAAAGACACACAACAAACUCAUCUCUUUCUCAUCAAAGACUCUCUCAUCCUCCCUCACCGUCUCCCCGUACACAACACCACAAUCCCCAACCUAUACACACACCUAUACAUACACACAAACACACAUUUCCGAUUCUCUCCUCUCUCCCGAUGACUCAUCUCUCUCCGAUUCUCGACGCGUAGAGGUUCGAUUCACAUCUCUCUCCCAUCUCUCCAUCCCUCUCCCUGUCCCUCUCUCCCUCCCUCUCUCUCUCUCUCUCCCUCUCCCUCUCCCUAUCUCCCCCUCCUCCCUCUCUCUGGCUUCACGCUUCGACGCAUAACGGUUCGAUUUGCAUCUCUCUCUUCACGCUUUUCGAGGUUUUAUCUAUGGGUUAAGGUAUUUGAGGCUCCUUGAGGUCAGAGAAGAAAGUUUGGAGAAGAUAAUCACUUGCAUGGAAAAAAUAUGCCAGAUUUGAGAAGUGGAGUUCGUCAAUCAAAGAGGGGAAAAAAUGUUGAGGAGAACCCUGCUGUUUUAGCUCCCGCACCUCGACGUGGCACUAGAAGAGGCAACAAUUUGAAAGCUCCAGUUUUAAAAUCACCUUUGAAUAAUCCUGUGAACCCAGCAAAUCCCAGUCCAAUGUCAAGACCUGCUGGUAGAGGUAGGGGUAGGCAGACAAACCAAGAGAAAAAUGCUGAAAUAUUUGGUACUGGGGUUGGUGGUCGGGGUCGUGCAGUUUUAGAUGCAAGAGCAAAGGAAUUGGCUGCUAUUCCCGAUGUAGUGGCAGAAAAAAGUGCAGAUAAGUUAGCUGCCGCUGAGGAAGAAGGAAGUACAAGUCCACUUCCUGAAAGGGUGCAGCUAGGAAAUUCCCCAGUGUACAAGCUAGACCGGAAGUUGGGUAAGGGUGGGUUCGGACAAGUUUUUGUUGGAAGAAGGGUAACUGGUGGCUCUGGGAAUACUGGUCCUGAUGCAAUUGAGGUUGCUAUGAAACUUGAACAUCGAAAUGGCAAGGGAUGUAGCUAUGGUCCUCCUUAUGAAUGGCAAGUUUACAACACUUUAAAUGGAUGCUAUGGACUUCCCUUGGUCCAUUAUAAAGGUCGUCAAGGAGAUUAUUAUAUACUUGUCAUGGACAUGCUAGGACCAAGUUUAUGGGAUGUGUGGAACUCCAGUAAUCAGAUGCUGUCGGAAGAGAUGGUUGCUUGUAUAGGGGUGGAAUCAAUAUCAAUAUUAGAACAGCUUCAUUCUAGAGGCUUUGUACACGGAGAUGUGAAGCCAGAAAACUUCUUGCUUGGUCAGCCUGGAACAGCAAAUGAGAAAAAAUUGUACUUGGUUGAUCUUGGUUUGGCUUCAAAAUGGAGGGAUGCAUCCUCUGGUCGUCAUGUUGAAUAUGACCAAAAGCCUGAUGUUUUCAGGGGAACAGUGCGUUAUGCAAGUGUACAUGCCCAUUUGGGGCGGACAGGAAGCAGAAGGGAUGAUCUCGAGUCAUUAGCUUAUACUUUGAUUUUCCUCCUUAAAGGGAAGCUUCCAUGGCAAGGUUUUGUGGGAGAAAACAAAGGUUUUCUUGUAUGUAGGAAGAAGAUGGGAACUUCUCCAGAGAUGCUCUGUUGCCUAUGCCCUCCCCCGUUUCAGCAAUUCCUUGAGAUGGUGACUGAUAUGAAAUUUGACGAGGAACCUAAUUACUCAAAGCUGAUAUCCCUUUUUGAUAACAGCAUAGUUUCCACUGCCUCAUUGAGACCAAUCAAAAUAGAUGGUGCCUUGAAGGUCGGUCAGAAGAGGGGAAGAUCUCCUUUUGAGUUGGAAGAUAGUGGAAAUCCUAGAAAGAAAGUCAGACUAGGUACUCCAGCAACUCAGUGGAUCUCAGUCUAUUGUUCCAGGCCACCAAUGAAACAGAGAUACCACUAUAACGUGACGGAUUCAAGACUAUAUCAGCAUGUAGAGAAAGCAAAGGAAGAUGGAUUGCACAUUAGUUCUGUAGCUUCUUCCUCGAAUCUGUGGGCGGUUGUUAUGGAUGCAGGGACGGGGUUCACAUCCCAGGUUUAUGAAAUCUCACCUGUUUUCUUGCAUAAGGAGUGGAUAAUGGAACAAUGGGACAAGAAUUAUUACAUCACUUCACUUGCUGGUGCGUCCAAUGGAAGUGCCUUAGUAAUAAUGUCGAAGGGGACAUCCUAUACUCAACAAUCAUACAAAGUCAGUGAUGUAUUUCCUUUUAAAUGGAUCAACAAGAAGUGGAAAGAAGGCUUUUCUGUCACCUCAAUGACCACUGCAGGUAGCAGAUGGGGAAUUGUCAUGUCUCGUGAUGCAGGUUUCUCUAACCAGGUUGUAGAACUUGAUUUUCUGUACCCAAGUGAAGGAAUUCAUAGGAGAUGGGAGAAUGGAUAUCGAAUAACUUCAGCUGCUGCAACUGCGGAUCAAGCUGCCUUUAUAUUGAGUUCAUCAAAGAAAAAAUUACAAGAUAUAACACAAGAAACUUUGCGAACGUCUGCUUUCCCCAGCACCCAUGUUAAGGAUAAAUGGUCAAGAAAUUUGUAUAUUGCAACCAUUUGUUAUGGACGAACAGUGUCGUGAUGGCUCGGAUCAAAGGAACUUUAACUUGGGGGUGAUGACUAUUUUGAAUAAUUCAACACUGCUGUGCUCCGAUGACAGUGUAGAUGGUGGAGUUUUGCAUCAUCACUUGGUCUCUGUCAGGAGAGAACAUAAUAGAGGAGCUUGCUACAUGCUCAGUGAUAUCUCAGCGGCAUUCUUAUACCACUGAGGUAUCAUAAAAAAAAUAUGCUUUGGCAAGGACAGGAAAGAUGAGACACUCUUAUUUUUCUGUUUUUUCGUGUGAUACAAAUUGUUGACCCCCUUAGUGAAAGUGUUCCCGAGUCAUUACCAUACUAUUACCACUGGUGCCAGGAGUCUGUCCUAAAUAAUGUUAUGUACUGGACUACUAGUUUCGCCCCCAAUGAGUCACUUAUUUAACCUCUAUGCAGUUGUUGUAACUGGCAUAUAGUAUCUGUAUUUGUUGUCAAUAUCAUGAAGAAUUGCUUACAAUUUUACAAGUAUAUAAGCAUGAUUAUGGUGUGGAGUGGAAUUGUGUGAGGAUUAUAACAACCGUUGUUUCCGGUAAUGAUGCCUUUAUUGUCUUUUGCU